AUGAAUCCCCUCGUUGAAGCAGAACCCGAUCUUCAACAAUUAAACCAAGAAGACGAAGAGUGUGCCCAAGAAUUCACCCAGAUCUUAGGUAACAAAAAAAUGAUCUAUGAAUUUUUCACCAAAACUUUAGGCUUAUUUUUACCAGAAGCAAAAUACAUAGACUUAAAAUACCUCGUCCAGCUCAUGGCAGGUCAAAAAAAAGCUUUAAAGAAAGACAAGGUCGAAGACAUUUGUUUUGAGGACGUCGUUUGCAUUUCAAAAGACAGGCUGCAGACAUACUGCUAUGAUAAUGAAAAACUUAAAGAGUAUAUGCCAGAUGUGCCUGUUAAUAGAGAUUAUACUAUGAAAGUCAUUGAAUAUCUAGAUAACGGAUUUAUCAAGAGGCUGAUGAAUAAAUACAAUAUUAAGGCAAGAAAAGAUAAUAAAGAUUAUUGGACUCGCAUAAAACUAAAUGGGGAAUUCGGGAAGUUACUCUUGAUGAUUCCCACUGAUCUUAAAGAUAAUACUUUUGAUAUUGAGCCUGAAAAACCUCCAAAGAGGAAAAAGAAAAAAGGUUUCGAUGACGAAGAGUUCUUUCAUAAGCCAAGGAAGUACACAAGAAGGACAGAAGAAGAAAGGGAAGCAAUCAGGCAAUCUAAAAAUAGAAGUUUGGAGAUUAAAGAUGAAGCAAAACUGGAGCCGACUGAUUAA